AGCAACGAUGCUGGAUCCUGCGUUCGGUCCUCACAUCAUCACCAGCAGCAGCAGCCAAAUCGUUCUUUCCUUCCCUCCCUCAUAAGGAACCGGCCGAGGCAGCACGUCCGCCCCUCAGGCCGCCGAGAGGGACGGACCUCAGUCAGCCGUGGACUCCUCUCUCUCCCCUCACCCGCCCGUCUCCCCUCAUGGAUGUCCCACCUCGUUACGGCUCUAGACGACGGACGCCGCCCGUGUAGAUGUGUGUGACGCCCCACGCCUUACGUUAAGCUUCUUUUUUUUUCAUGCGGUAACCGGUUGGUGUUGGACGGCAGAGAGGAGGAGGAGCGCGCGCCCCCAGUCGUUAGCCGGAGAAGCUAACCGAGCUAGCUAACUUUAGCCGCGACACUUGGCACCCUUGUCGGGGAGUUUUGUGGCUUGCACGCUAACCUGGGGCGGGCUUGGGAUGCCCCGUCACUUUUUUUAAAUCAAGGAGCAUGUUGGAGUGACGCGAAAAGGAGGAAGUGGGAUCUCUGACGCCCUGCCUUCUUUACUGGUGGAGCCCCUUUGCAUCUGACCAGAGGCCCCCUGGACAGGGCCAAUACCGAUUAAAAGAAGUCAAGGUGACGUUACCAGGAUGCGGAGGUUCGCCUACUGCAAAGUGGUCCUGGCCACCUCUCUGGUGUGGGUGAUGCUGGACAUGUUCAUCCUGCUCUACUUCAGCGAAUGCAACAAGUGCGACGACAGGAAGGAGCGAGGACUGCCCGGUAGAGACGACCCCCUGGCGAGGCCGCGGGACGGGCCCGGGGAGGGGGGGAAGCCUGUGGUGAUCCCAAAGGAGAACCAGGAGAAGAUGAAGGAGAUGUUUAAGAUCAACCAGUUCAACCUCAUGGCCUCUGAGAUGAUUGCGCUCAAUCGUUCAUUACCUGACGUCCGGCUCGAAGGUUGCAAGAACAAGCUAUAUCCUGACAAUCUGCCCCGAACUAGUGUGGUAAUUGUCUUUCACAACGAGGCAUGGAGCACGCUGCUGCGGACCGUCCACUCUGUCAUCGACCGCUCUCCCCACACACUCCUGGAGGAGAUUGUUCUGGUUGAUGAUGCCAGUGAGCGAGAUUUCCUAAAGCGACCGUUGGAGCAAUAUGUCCGAAGGUUGGAGGUCCCCGUGCGGGUGGUGAGGAUGGAUCAGAGGUCUGGACUCAUUCGAGCUCGCCUCAAGGGAGCGUCCAUCUCUACGGGGCAGGUGAUAACCUUUCUGGAUGCUCACUGCGAAUGUACGACAGGCUGGCUGGAGCCGCUGCUCGCUCGCAUCAAACAAGACAAGAGAACGGUGGUGUGCCCCAUCAUCGACGUGAUCAGCGACGACACCUUCGAGUACAUGGCGGGUUCGGAUAUGACGUACGGAGGCUUCAAUUGGAAACUCAACUUCCGCUGGUACCCGGUGCCCCAGAGAGAAAUGGACCGCCGCAAAGGAGACCGCACACUUCCUGUCAGAACUCCCACCAUGGCAGGGGGCUUGUUUUCUAUCGACAGAGAUUAUUUCCAGGAGAUUGGCACUUAUGACGCAGGCAUGGACAUCUGGGGUGGAGAGAACCUGGAAAUCUCUUUCAGAAUCUGGCAGUGCGGCGGAACCCUGGAGAUCGUCACGUGCUCGCACGUGGGUCACGUGUUCCGAAAGGCGACGCCCUACACGUUUCCUGGAGGAACGGGACAGAUCAUCAACAAAAACAACAGACGCUUGGCCGAAGUCUGGAUGGAUGAAUUUAAAAACUUCUUCUACAUCAUCUCCCCCGGUGUGACCAAAGUGGACUACGGUGACAUCACGUCUCGCACAGUUCUCAGACAGAAGCUCCAAUGUAAACCUUUCAGUUGGUACUUGGAAAACGUCUAUCCCGACUCCCAGAUUCCCCGCCACUAUUACUCCCUGGGAGAGAUCCGAAAUGUGGAGACCAACCAAUGUCUGGACAAUAUGGCCCGCAAAGAGAACGAGAAGGUUGGGAUUUUCAACUGUCAUGGCAUGGGUGGCAACCAGGUGUUCUCUUACACAGCCAAUAAGGAGAUCAGAACAGACGACUUGUGUCUGGACGUGUCCAAAUUAAAUGGACCUGUCAUGAUGCUGAAGUGUCACCAUCUCAAAGGCAACCAGCUGUGGGAGUACGACCCCGUGAAGCUGAGCCUAGUGCACGUCAACAGCAACCAGUGUUUGGACAAGGCCAGCGAGGAGGACAGUCAAGUGCCCAGCGUCAGAGACUGCACGCACUCGCGCUCGCAGCAGUGGCUGCUCCGCAACGUCACACUACCGGAAGUCUUCUGAUGGCGCACACUCACUUCACACGUACGCGGAGCAACCGGACCAUGAGAAGCCAUGGGGUGGAACGUUUGUCUUUAAAAAAAAGAAAAAACAAGCAACAAAAAAUAGAAUGUAACUAGUGCUCCGUGUGGAUGUGAGAGGACAACACCUGGGAUGGUACGACCUCAAGGAACAGUGUCGCAUCCUCAGGAGGAAGCCGGGGGGGAAAAGACUCCCACCGGGGGAUGCCGGAUGUUCUCGGCGAGUGACUGAUGCCCACCUGUCACAUCAUCAUGUAACGUUUACUGACUGCCUCUUGUUAUGGAGUGUGUGCACUUAAUUUGCGUGUGUGUGUGUGUGUGUGUGUGUGUGUGUGUGUGUGUGUGUGUGUGUGUGUGUGUGUGUGUGUGUCUAACUUGUUUGUUUUGUUUUUUAUAUUUAAUUCAGUCAUGCAUUGUGAAGAGCUCCUAUGAAGGCUGUUUCCCCAUUGUGUGCCUCCUUACAGUGUGUCUCCCCCUAGUGUCUUCUCCUUGUCUUUACACCCUGCAGACAGACGUGGGCCUCAAGGACUGCUACAGACAUUUGGAGAGGCAGAGAAGAUCAAUAACGUUUGUGAUAUCACACCUUUUCUAUGUCCUGUUUUUACAUGGUUGUCUCUUGUCCCGUUUAGCAUUGAGGCUAGAAUACUGCUCACUGCCUAUUUACACACACACACAGACACACACACGCACACACACACAGUCUGACCCUCGAGUCCAUUGGUCGCUCACAUGAAAGCAGGGUUUGGCCAAACGUUUCCACAUUUAUAGCACUCUUGUCUUCAUUUAGGGUCGCAGGUGAACUGGAGAGCCCAAUUAGGCAAGUUAGGAAAAUACAUCCUGCCAUGAGUCUACUUCCUGUACAUCAAUUAAAGAUGCGCCAAACAGUGCACACGAUUUAAUUACAAAAACCAAAAGAGCUUUCGGAACCCUGCUUUAAAGCAACACUCCAGUGUGUGGCGUGACAACCUUCUUCCACCUUAGUUGGUAGCAAAAUUGACCCAUUUGGUUUUUUUUCUGCGGCUUUUCGAGUUCUUGCUUCUCCACAAAGCCUGUCGGAGGGCGCCACUGAGUCGUUUAGGCACAAGAGUUGAGAGGAAGACAUCUUGCACAUCGUCAGCCUCUUAAAAUAAUGGCCUAUGUUCCAUUCUGACAAAACCUUUUUUUUUUUUUUUUUGCCUUAAUCACCUCCUCAGGAUGCUGGCCACAUCUGCUAAAAUCACGACAUAUUUAGUUCAACAGAUCAUUCAAUUUUACCCCUGAUGCAUUUAUUAAUAAAGAGAAUCAUUGAUGUUUUUUUGUGUUUGUUUUAUGUUUUCUGAAAAAAUGACCAGCCAUUAUUUUAGGAAGGUGACGAUAUCUCAGCGUAUCAUAUUUUACCCCGAUUUUACAUCAUAUCUCAUUUAGUUCAGCACUAAUGGCCAUCAUGUUUCAUUGUGUUUUACAUAUCACUGAGAGUCUGUGUUGUCAUCAAAGAUUUUUACAAGCUGUGUUCAGAAUCUCUCCUGCCAUAGUCCCUAAUUACUCUUGCAUAAUCACUAGGGAUUUGUACGUAGUUAACUAUAGGCUUCACUAAAACUGCGACAGUCUGGGGCUGCUUUGCUUAUUCAGGAUCUUUGGUCCGCUAAAAAUCCAGAUACGGCGACUGAGUAUGAAGGGCUUUUUUAAGCAGAGGAUCUACAGUUCACAAAAAAGUCGACAAGAAAAAAAUGAGUAGGGAAGUAACGGAAUGAUUCCAAACACAUUCACUGUGGUCGAAAUUGCGGUUUCUUUUCAUAAUGGACUAAAAAUUGACUGUGUGAUGGUCUGGGGCUGCUUUGUUACUACAGCACCUCUGUGCCCUAACAAGCCUACCACAGCAACAAUAUUAGGAAUUCCUUGUGAGUGGGGGGGGGUGCACUUUUGAGUCCACUGUAUAAAAAUCCAUAUGGAGUGAUUAGGGAGUAGGGAAUGAUGAUUCCCAACAGUGACGGUGUUUACACUCUUUGGAAGAAUCAUUUUAGCAACUGUGACAUGGCCAAGGAGACGUUUUGUGUUUAGAUUGUACUGAAAUGUGCUGACUGACACGUGCAGCUUUUUCGACAGUGAACGCUUCCAAAUAUAGGAAAUAAAAGUGAAGGCAUUUACACGGCCUGUCACGGACAACCGUCA